AUUUAGCUUGCAAUAUAUUGAGCUUGAGAGAGAGAGAGAGAGAGAGUGGAAAGCUAGCAGAGAAAAAAACAGCAGAAACUGAGAGCUUGUUGCAUAUUUCAAUGAAGAAACAAGGCAGUGAGAUAGAGGCAGUAGGCAUCAGCUACAAGAUUCACACACACAACAACAACAACAACAGAUCAGAUCAGAAGAAACCUUUUAAGAUCUUGAGCCAGAAUCAACGCCAACCGCUUGAUCAUCAGAAGCAAGCAAAAGUAGCAGUGGCAGUGGAAGAGGAUGAUCAUGAUAUUCUGGUUGCAGGUGCAGGAUCGGAGGGAGGAGGACGAGGAGGAGUUGGACAAGUGCUAAAGGAUGUGAACUUGCGAGCAAGGCCAUGGGAAAUCCUAGCCAUUGUGGGUCCAAGCGGAGCUGGAAAAUCAUCUCUCCUCGAGAUUCUCGCAGGCAAAAUCACACAGCAAACCGGUUCAAUGUUUGUGAACCAAAAGCCAGUGGACAAAGCUCAGUUCAAGAAGGUUUCCGGGUACGUGACACAAAAGGACACCUUAUUUCCUUUGCUCACGGUGGAAGAAACCCUAAUGUUUAGCGCCAAGCUAAGGCUGAGAGUCCCUCCAGCUCAGCUCAGCUCCCGGGUGAAGGCCCUAAUCGAAGAGCUGGGCCUCAGUCGAGUGGCCCGGGCUCGAGUCGGAGACGACAGGGUUCGGGGCAUUUCCGGUGGAGAGAGGAGGCGGGUUUCGAUCGGAGUGGACGUGAUCCAUGAUCCUGAAGUGCUCAUCCUGGAUGAGCCAACUUCGGGACUGGACAGCACCUCUGCGCUUCAGAUCAUUGAUAUGCUGAAGAGCAUGGCUGAAACCCGGGGCAGAACCGUAAUUUUGAGUAUUCAUCAGCCCGGGUUCAGAAUUGUAAAGCUGUUCAAUUCAAUUGUGUUGCUGGCUAAGGGCUCGGUGCUCCACCAUGGCACUGUGGAUCAGCUGGGCCUGAAUUUAAGACUCAUGGGAUUGGAGCUUCCUCUCCAUGUCAACCUCGUUGAGUUCGCCAUGGACUCCAUCGAAACCAUUCAAAAACAUCAUCAACAACAACAUCGUCAACAUCAUAACACAGCGGAAGGAGAAGGCGAAGGCGAAGGCGAGACGAGUCCUAGUGGUAAGUUGACCCUGCAACAGCUCUUUCAGGAGUCUAACAAGGAACAAUCUUCCAAUAAGGUAAAUAAUCUCCACCACGAAGAAAUGGGAAUCAACAAUAAACCUAACCAAGAUUCUCCCGAUUUUGCGAAUUCGAGAUUGCAAGAAACCAUCAUUUUGACUCACAGAUUCUCCAAAAACAUCUUCCGGACAAAGGAGCUGUUUGCCUGCCGCACCAUUCAAAUGCUCGUCUCUGGUUUAGUUUUGGGCUCCAUCUUUUAUGACCUCAAACAUGAUUUAACGGGAGCAGAGGAAAGGGUAGGUCUUUUCGCAUUCAUCUUAACAUUCUUGCUUUCAUGCACCACAGAAGCACUGCCAAUCUUUCUGCAAGAGAGGGAAAUUCUGAUGAAGGAGACUUCUUGCGGGAGCUACAGAGUCUCCUCCUACGCCAUUGCCAAUGGCUUGGUUUAUUUGCCAUUUCUGCUUAUCCUGGCCAUCCUAUUCACCGUGCCUUUGUACUGGCUUGUUGGGCUCAACCCCAACUUCAUGGCAUUCUUUCAUUUCCUUCUUUUGAUAUGGUUGAUAUUAUACACUGCAAAUUCAGUGGUGGUGUGUUUCAGCGCACUCGUGCCAAAUUUCAUCGUGGGAAACUCCGUCAUCGCGGGCGUCAUGGGAUCGUUCUUUCUCUUCUCUGGCUACUUCAUAUCAAAGCAUGGGAUUCCAAGCUACUGGAUUUUCAUGCAUUACAUAUCGCUGUUUAAGUAUCCGUUCGAAGGGUUUCUGGUCAACGAGUUCUCUAACUCUGAUAAGUGCUUGGAGUAUUUCUUUGGGAAAUGCAUGGUCACAGGGGAGGACGUUCUGAGAGAUGCAGGGUAUGAAGAAAAAAGUAGGUGGAGGAAUGUGGUGGUCAUGGUGUGCUUCAUCUUGGUUUACAGGUUUAUGUCUUAUGUCAUUCUGAGAUGCAGAUGCUCCCAAAGGGGGCUCAAACCAGCUUUUCUUCUUUAAACAUUUAUAUAUAUUUCAGUAUUAUAUAU